AUGGAGUCUAAACCUUCUACCUCCACCUAUACCUCGACAACUCAAUGGUUACAACCAUGCCGUAAAUUCGAAAUGCAUGAAAUUCUUUUAGCAACAGGAAACUUUAAUGAAUCUUUGGUGAUUGGAAGAGGCGGCUUUGGGAAAGUGUACGAAGGUGAAGUUAUUGUUGGAACUAGUCAUGUUGCUGCUGCUCUUAAACGGUUAGAUUUGAUGUCGGAUCAAGGGGCAGCAGAGUUUUGGGCUGAAGUCGACAUGCUUUCCCAGUUGCGUCACUCUCAUAUAGUGUCUCUGAUUGGUUAUUGUAACUAUGAAAGAGAAAUGAUACUUGUAUACGAGUAUAUGCCGAACAGAACACUUGAAGAUCAUCUUUAUAAACUCCGCACUCGUGGGUUAGACUACCUCCACACUGGUACUGGUAUUGAGUUUGGUGUUAUACACCGAGAUGUCAAGAGCUCAAAUAUUUUGUUACACCAAAAUUGGGCAGCUAAAAUUUCCGAUUUUGGGUUGUCCAGAAUAGGCCCAGCGAAUCAACCACGCACUUAUGUCAACACUCUUGUAAAAGGCACUUUUGGGUAUCUUGAUCCAAAUUAUUUUGCCACUGGAGAGCUGACAAGGAAGUCUGAUGUGUAUGCUUUUGGGGUGGUAUUGUUUGAAGUGUUGUGUCAAAAACGACCAUUGGAUAGGAGUCUUGAAUGUGGUUUAGCUACAUGGGCACAAGACUCGAUCAAAGAAGUUCAAACACCAGCGAAGUCGAUAUUUACUAGAAUGGUUGAUGUGCUUCCUCCUUUCCACUAUACCGGUGAAAACCCAGGUAUGGGGUUUGGAUUUCUCACAGCCAAGAAGCGAAAAAAAUUCUUACUGCAAAAUGGGGCUCUAUUGUUAGAUAAACUAAAAAACUUUGGCGCUGGUUCCAUGGAAAUUUUUAGUGCUAAAACGAUAGAGGUAGCAACGCAAAAUUAUGCCGACGAUAUUAUUUCUGGAAGAGGAGGUUCUGGUACUGUGUUCAAGGGGAUCCUACCAGACAAUCAUGUUAUAGCAAUCAAGAAGUCUGAGAUAUCUGAUUCGGGGCAACUUUUAGGAUGUUGUCUGGAAACCAAGAUCCCUUUAUUAGCUUAUGAAUAUGUUUGUAAUGGCAAUCUUUACGAGCACUUUCAUACUACGGGAAGUGUAAGAAGGAGAUUGUCAUGGGAUACUCAUGUAAGUAUAGCAUAUGAUACGGCUAGUGCACUUGCUUAUCUUCACACAAAUACUGUAAUGUCCAUUAUACAUAGAGAUGUGAAGUCCAGUAACAUUUUUUUAGAUAAUAAUUUAACUGCAAAGAUUGCAGAUUGUGUCCCAAGGUUAAUCCCUCCGGACGAUCCUGAUGAUCUACAUACUUUCGUUCAAGGUACAUUAGGUUACUUGGAUCCUGAAUAUUGCCACACAUGUAAUAUAAGCGAUAAAAGUGAUGUUUAUAGCUUUGGAGUGGUACUUGUAGAAGUGUUGACAGGAAAUAAACCACUCGACUUUAAUCGAGCACCAGAGGAAAGAAAUCUAGCAUCAUAUUUUACAAAACUAAAGAAGGAGAAUCGAUUGCAUGAGAUUGUUGACCAUCAAGUGUUAAAGGAGGCAGCUGAUGAGCAGCAGCUAAAAGCAGCAAGUGACCUGGCAUGUAGAUGCCUUGACCUAAAAGGGGAGAACAGACCCAUCAUGAAAGAAGUAGCCAUGGAGCUCGAAACAAUAAGGAAGUUGGCCGAACAGCAUCCAUUUGUUCGAGACAACCACAUGGAACCAUGUGGCUUAGUAGUUGAAGCUAGUGAACAAGCUGAUCUUGGUAUCUUUGAAAAUUACAGUGAUUCCAACUUUAGUGAUAUCUUUAGAAACAAUGAGAUCUAUUACAAUGCAGUUUAUUCUCGGUAA